AUGCCACGUGGGAGGCGGCGGAGCCGCCGUCGGCGCCGGGCCGGAACCGCGGCCCCCCUGACGUUGGGGACGGCGCUCGCCGGGCGUCGGGAGGAGGGGAGGUCUCGGAGCCCCCGGGACCGCAGCGCGGUGGCCGAGACCCGAUGGGUGCUCGGCGCCGUGGCGCCCGGCUCGCGGCUCGGCCUCCCGGGCCUAGAAGCGCUGGCGGCGGCGGCCGGGCCUAGGGGCGGCUCCCCGCCCUGGGCGGCGCCCGCGCUGCUCCAGGUGCCGGCGGCGGCCCAGCCGGCCCCGCGGAGGGACGGUAGCGACCUGCCCGCCUGCGCGCCCGCCGCCCUGGCCGUGCUGCGCCUGCAGCCGGGCGCCGAGGGAGCGGCGAGGGCGGCGGCGGCGGCUGCCGGGGCCGCGCCGCGCCUGCGGACCGUCUACGUGAAUCCGCGCUGGCUGGAGCGGCAGGCCGCGCUGGGGGCGGCGGCGGCGGCGGCCAGCCCGUGCGCCGAGGCGGCGGCGUCGGCGGCAUCGGCGGCGGUGGUGGCGAACAGCGCGGCCGGGGACCCGGCGGCGGCGGCGUCGGCGUCGGUCGCGGCGGCGGGGCAGGGCGAGGCGGUGGCGGCUGCAGCGGCGGCGCCCGCGAAGGCGCCCGCGCCCGCACCCCCGCCCCCCACGGCGGAAGCGGCGGCCACCCCCUACGUGGGGCUGCGGCGGCCCCUGGGCUACCAGCUGGCCAAGGCCACCAAGGAGCGCAUCUGGCGGGGGGAGUUCAUUGACCUGUUUUCCUUGCUCCACACAGAGCUGACCCCCGAGCACAGCCCGCACCCGGGGGACACGCUGGACCAGUGGGUGUCGGCCUUUCUGGUGUACGCCAGCGUGGUGUGCGAGAAGCACCCGGCACGUUGCGGAGCCAUGUUCAAGUACCUGGACACCAUCCGUAAGCUGCACGCCACCUAUGGGGGCAACUCGUGGAUGAACUACGACGAGGAUUUCCGGCGGCGGGCGGCCAAGGACCCCAACCUGCCGUGGGGCGACGUCGACCUGGACCUGUGGAUGAAGUGGAUGGCCCCUCUCAAGUCGCUCCUCAGCAGGCACAAUCGUAUGGACAACGAGCCGCCGGCCGCUCCGCCGGCACAACAACCACCGCCUUCAUCGUCAUCCCAGAGCCCCAGGAAGGAGGAGAAGAGCCAGACUCCGUGAAAGCAGAAGACCAGUUGGAAUGACAAGCAGAAUAAGUGGCCUGACUCCGUUGGUGUUUAAGUGGAGCUCUGGUAUUCUAGUGCAUUCUUUUACCUCUGCUUCUGUUGCGUUGCGAGCUGUGCUAGAGAAGACGUAGGAAAUUCCAUUUUACCCAAUCAGCAAUUGUAACAAUGGACUACAAACCUGCAGAGCAAGCCGGUUUGCUGGAAAACAGGAAUUCCUGCAGCGCAGCACUUGUCACAGACUAUCCAAAGAGGGCAAAGAUUCAGGAGAGUGAAUAAAUUGAACGUUGAUUGAAUGAGGUCAGGAACAGUCUCCCGGAGGAGAGCCCUGCCCUAAAAUACUACUUUGAGAGUAUAAGCCAAUUUAAUGCGCAGAUUAACCCUUCUCAUUUGAGCAAACUUGUGUGCAAUCCUGGAUCUUUGCAGAUCACGACUGGACACUUCAAAAAGAAAUCAAUAAAUCUGUGUACUAUAUUUGCUUUAAAAAUGAAUCUUAACUUGUCUUGUUACACCUGUUAAUUUUACCAUUUCACUGACAACAUAAAUGUGUAUUUGACUUGACACAGUAUCCUACAGCUGGUAUAACUCAGGUUGUUGACAGAAUUAUUCUGUGAGGCUCAGUACCACCUCUUCAUUCUUCUCUUAAAAAAAGAAGUCUUUAACCAUUGCUGUCAUUUCCAGAAGUAAUUUAUAGCCCAUGUACACGUGGCAAAGUUGUUGAACAGAUUUAAUAGCUGACCUAAAUUAUUGUUCUCGUUUUAUCCUCAUAGAAUAGUUAGAAUCUUGAACAUCUGGCCAAACUUUUGUGGCCCGAUGUUCAGGAAAAUCAUUCAGUUGUUCAUGGUUUAAUUGUUUUACAUCUCUGUAUUUUGUUUUCUUUUCCUUUCCCCUUGCAUACUAGGGAGUAUGAUCAAGGUAAUACUAUGAUCCAGUAACGCGCUUGAUGGUAAGGGUAUGCUUUUAGUUGUUUCAGGACAAAAAUUACAACCAACUGCCGUUAUCUGCUCUCCUUUAACUUUCUUGAUGGUUUCAAUAAUAUGCUUAACAUGAAGUGUUUGUAAAUCAAUUUAAAAAAGAAAAUGUUUGUGACUUCACCUAAAUAAAUUUUUAUAUAUAUAAAAUACU